GUGGCGCUGGGCGGGGGAGGCGGUGGCGGCGAUGGCGGAGAAGUUCGACUCCCUGGAGGAGCACCUGGAGAAGUUCGUGGAGAACAUCAGGCAGCUCGGCAUCAUCGUCAGCGACUUCCAGCCCAGCAGCCAGACGGGGCUCAAUCAGAAACUGAAUUUCAUGGUGACGGGCUUGCAGGAUAUCGACAAAUGCCGACAGCAGCUUCACGAUAUCAGCGUGCCCUUGGAGGUUUUUGAAUACAUCGAUCAAGGCCGCAACCCUCAGCUUUACACUAAAGAGUGUCUGGAGCGAGCUUUGGCUAAAAAUGAGCAAGUGAAAGGAAAAAUUGACACUAUGAAGAGAAGCAGAAAAGUGGACUUCAUAGGAUACGGGAAGAAACUUUCCUCUCAUGCUGUUAAAGAGAACUUUGCACCAGACCUGGAUCAGAUGUGCGCAGUGAAACGACAAGAGGAAAAUUUUUCAGCAGCAAAGCAGAGCAAUGGAACUGCCAGUGAUGUGUAUGGAAGGAAUUCUUCCAUGGUGAGAGCAGUUAAGCACUGAAACAGGUUGACCAAAGAGGUGGUGAAUUUCCUGCCUUGGCAAUUCUCAAGACUCACCUGGAUGACUUCCAGAAAUCCUUUCCAAUCAUGUUUUUUGUGAUUCCAUCUAUGGGACAAAUUAUUUGUAUUCUGCUGUGAUUUCUGCACCGGGACACAUUAUGGAUUACUUUCCCCACUGAAAUACAUUACAAGGAUGACUAGGCCCCAUGGUGAGGCUUAGGUAAUGGAACAGAACAUGAGAAAAUAGGGAACAUAACAAGAGAAACUGCCAAACAUAACAAACAGCAAAGUGAGCAGCUGGCAAACAUUACAGUUUGUUUUAACACCAUGAAAAACAGCUGGAUUUCACAGCUGGUUAUAGGGAACUGUGUGAGAGAAGGACAAACUUCCCAGGUAACUCUAAGAGAACUGGAAGGCAACGUUGGAGUCUUUUUGGGGAGUGCAAUCUUGGGAAAAAAUCCUCAGUGUUCAUGUUACCAUAUCUAUUAAACCUUGUAAAGGUUUGGGAAAACUUCACAGAAAGGGUUGUCAAGCAUUGGAACACCUGCCCAGGGAAGUGGUAGAGUCACUACCCAUGAAGGUAUUUAAAAAUGUGUAAAUGUAGCACCUGGGGACAUGAUUUAGAUGUGGAUUUGGCAGUACUGGGUUAACAGUUUGAUUGGAUGAUCUUAGAGGUCUUUUCCAACCUUAAUAGUUCUGUAUCAUGUAAGGUUGAGAUAUGAGAGCUAAAGGUAUCAGAAAUGCCAGUUGUGGUUAUGAAUGUAGCAAAACCAGAACCAAUGGGGAAAAAGUAACUACAGUUGUUUAUUUUGGAGACAAGGCUGGGAAAAAAGAUGGAUCAAGGUGGGGGGCAGGAAUUAGAAGCAUAGGAAAAUGGAUAAAAGCGUGGAUAGAUGAGGACAGCCAUGUAUAAGCAAGUUGCUGGUUGAUAUGGCUGUCCAAUCAAGUCCUGCUUCAACUGCAGUUUCUCUUACCUUCUUCCUAAAAUAUUCUUUAUUCUAUUUUUGUUGUCAUUAUAGUGGAAGAGUUCUAUUGUCAUUACAUUGCAAAGGUUCCAUAUUGAUAGAAUUUCAUACCUCCUUGGUGUUCCUUGUAGAGAGCUCCUCUAGGCACUGACUCUUCCUUAUCCUCACAGCAGCCAACUAACUCCAGUUCCCCUCAACCAACCAGUCCGCUCUUUUAUAACACUCUUGUUAUUGGCUACAGCUGUAGCCUGUUAAAAUCAGGCCUGCUCCUAAUCUCUAAUAAUUGGCUCAGCUGCAACUCUUUAGGGGGUAAGAUUACAUUCUAUACCACCUUCAUUUAGCCAUACUGUAUCCCUCUACAUAUUUUUCCUGUGCAGUCUCACUCUCUAGCCUCUGCUUGUGUGGAGAAGUUUGUGUCAGCAACCAGAGAAGGGGCCAUGGGUCACAAGGGUUCACAGUGCCAACAGUAGGACAGCACAAGAUGUAGACACCCCUGUGUGAUGAGGGAAAGGAGGUUAGGGCUGGGGCCAAUUAGUUGCCAAUGUGAAGUGGAAGAUUUGGCAGAGCUCCUUCUGGAAAGAGCUGAUAGCUGAUACCCAGUUGUUACAGCACUCAUUCCUUAGUCCCUCCUUGUUCCAGGUGGGACAGGAUCAGGCUGAAUACCUCCAGCAGGAACAGAACUUUGAAGGGCUGGAUAUAAAAUGUUUUGCCCUGUUCAGUAACUGUUCUUUUAACCUUGAUGUUUCUGAUCCAAACAUCAUAGUACAUAUUGCUGGCAAAUAACAAAAAACAGGAAGAGGGCUGAGGGAAAGAAGUAUACAGCAGUAGAUGUUUGCUUAUUCUUUUCUUAAUUG